AUGUCAUCCACGGACUCACCGAAACGAUGGUCACACGUGAGUAAAGUGACGGAAAGGAUGGGUCCGUUCGUCGUCGACGGGUUCGUGGGUUCGCCGCAAGUGUUGGAAGCGGUCAAAGAGUGUCCCGUAUUAGUGAUCGGCGCCGGAGGCCUCGGAUGCGAACUCAUCAAAGACUUGGCGCUCAUGGGCUUCAUGAACAUCGAGGUGAUCGACAUGGACACCAUCGACCUGUCGAACCUGAACCGACAGUUCCUGUUCCGCAACAAAGACAUCGGGAAGUCUAAGGCGAAAGUGGCGGCCGAGUUCGUGAUGGACCGCAUCCCCGGCGCGAAGAUUGUGCCGCACUUCAAACAGAUCCAGGACUUCGACCAAGACUUCUUCCGGCGCUUUCAGGUGAUUGUCUGCGGUUUGGACUCAAUUAUAGCGCGCCGUUGGAUCAAUUCGAUGGUCUAUAGUCUGCUGGAGUUGGAUGAGGAGAGCGGCGACGUGUUGUCAACGGUUCCGCUCAUCGACGGCGGCACCGAAGGCUUCAAAGGCAACGCUCGAGUCAUUCUUCCGGGUUAUGGCACGCCGUGUAUUGAGUGCACUUUGGAUCUGUUUCCGCCGCAAACCAAUUACCCGCUCUGUACUAUAGCCCACACCCCAAGACUUCCCGAGCAUUGCAUCGAAUACGUGAAGGUCUUGUUGUGGCCCAAAGAGAAGCCAUUUGGCGAUGGGGUGGCCAUCGAUGGCGACGAUCCCAAUCACUUGCAGUGGAUUUACGACAAGUCUGUCGAUAGAGCCCAAGAGUUUAACAUCGAAGGCGUCAACUAUAGGCUAACUCAAGGCGUUAUUAAACACAUAAUACCGGCCGUGGCGUCGACUAAUGCGGUGAUAGCGGCCUCCUGUGCCACAGAAGCCUUCAAAAUAGUCACCUCUUGCGCGCCAUAUAUGAAGAAUUAUAUGAUAUUCAACGACAGCGACGGUAUCUAUACGUACACCUAUGAGGCAGAGAAGAAGGAGGACUGCAUUGUCUGCAGUAAUGUUCCCAAAGCUAUUAGAUUCAAACCAAACGACAAACUCGAGGACGUCAUCGAAGCGCUGAUCAAUGACUUCCAUAUGAGAGAGCCGGGGAUUGUGAUCACAACGCCUGAGGGCAAGACUAGGACGCUGUACAUGAAGAGCGUGGCCGCCAUUGAACAGAUGACUCGACCCAACCUCAAGAAAACGCUGGAAGAGCUGUCACUCAUCGAUGGACAGCAGCUGAUUGUGGCCGACGUAACGACUGUUAACUCUUUGACUUUUAUUCUUAAAUACAACUGA